AUGUCGGACUCGAAACUGCUUAAUGGUACAGUGUAUGAACUCAAGUAUGUUGAUGUGUUCUGGGAGAUGUACCUCCCAGAUAGCCGCAACUUUACAUCUGAGGCCCGUCAGUACUCUAUAGCUGGCUGGGCGUUGCUUGCCCAGAAAUGGGUCCAUUAUGACGGAGCCCUCAAAUUGGCAUUGGGUGCCAUCAGCUUGAAUACCAUUGGCCAAGAACUGGGAAAGGAAUGGAUGAUACACGAGGGUAGGAAGCUUUAUGGCGCUGCACUUCAAGGCAUGGCGUCUUCUGUGAAGAAUCUUCACAGAAAGAAUCAGAAUGCCAUCAUAAUGACUUCAAGAAUACUCUCGUUAUUCGAGGUUUUAUUUGGUGACGGCGACCUAGCAAAGCGUUAUCGAGACUGGUCGGGACAUGUGUCCGGAGAAGAAGCCAUCAUGAUGCUUACGAAACCGGAAAACUAUAUCAACAGAGAUGCUCAUGACCUCUUAUGUGACGGGCGCCUACGCUCGAGUACAUUCGCAAGAAAAAAGUGCCUUUUCAAUGAUCAUGCUUGGAAGACUGUACCGUGGUGGCGCAUUCGGAAGACAGAGAAAGACAAACUGAUAGACAUAAUCCUCGAGGUUCCAGAACUCCUCGAGAGCCUCGAUAACACUAUAUCAACCUAUGAUGGUGAGCAACACAUUGUAUAUAUGCAAACAUUGGCAGCAAGUUUGCUUCGGUGUGAAGAACGGCUCAAAAUCUGGCAUAAACAGGCUAGCCAGCAGCUCAUGAUCGGGGAGGAGGCCCAAGACGCUACAGGAUUGGCGGCAUCUCACCUUAUGUCCAUUUACUGGGCAUACCGGGUGUUGAUACGAGGAGUUUUAGAAAACCAUCAGUUCUAUCAAGAGAUCCCAGCAUCAGCCGUAAGCCUGUCGGAAAUGCGAGACAACAUCUUGCGUCGAACAGAGCGCUUUAGCAGUGCAAAGUCUGGUUGGUUUGGAAAGCAGAUCAUAGGCUUUCCGGUUGGGGUCGCCAUGAGAUUCGCUCCACCAGCAAAGACUGGGGAAUACCCUGCUAUCUGUGAGACAGUAUCCGCCCGACUGUCUUAG